AUGAAUAAAAGCAUAUAUAAAUUAUUAGAAGUAGGUGUAUUAACAGGUGGCUUUUUUUUUAUUUGGUAUUUAACAAGUGAAAAAAGAUUAAAAAAAAAAAAAAAAAUUGUAAAAGAAAAUAUUUUAUUGAUAUUAAGGCAUUUAUGCUUAGAAAUAUAUAAAAUAUUAAAUGACACUUCAAAAACUAGUAGAAAUGUUUAUGAUAUGCUGAAAAAUCAGCCCAAUGCAAGUAUAGAAUUAAGUAAAUUAGAAGAAGUGUUAUUAAAUAAUGGGUAUAAAAAAAAAAUUGAAGAUGCUGAAAAAGAGGUUUUAAAUAAAUUUAAUUUAACUGUAGAAGAUUUUUAUGAAGAAUUAAAAAGUUAUGAAAAAGAUGAUGAUAUUCAGAAAUCUAUUAAUUCAAUAAAAAAGAUGUAUAAUGAAUCAUUACUAGGAUUACAGCCAAAAUUACCUUCAAUUGAUGCUAAUAUUUCAGAAGAUGUUAUUAUUAAUUUAACUAGUAUGAUUUAUAAAGAAAAGAGAAAAGUAUAUAAAUCAGAAAUAAAUUUAAUGAUUAAAAAGAAUGAAAAUUUAAAUGUAGAUACAUUGGCAAAUGCAGAGUUUUUUGAAAAGUUACAAAAGUCAACUGAACACGUAGAAGAAAAAGUCAUUAAUGAAAAUAAGAAUCUUAUACCAAACUUAUUUACAUUUAAAUAUCUUGUAAAUUAUUAUUCUAAUGAUGAAAGUUUUUUACAAAAAAAAAAAUAUUUAGAAUCAAAACACGGAGAGAAAAUGAUUAAAAUAUUAAAAAUUAAAAAAAAUAAAAAAAAAAAAAAAACUACCAAAGAUAGUAGUAAUAACAGUUUAAGAAGUACACCUAGCUUUACAUCUUUAGCGGAUAAUCAAAAUUCAGAUAAAAGUGUUACUACUAAUCAAAUUAAUGUAAAUAAAUUAGAAAAUGAGGAAACCUUAAAUAAAAGUAAUGAACUUAAACAUAACAUUGAACAGAAAGUGAGCAAUCUAGAUAAAAUAGAAAAUGAGAAAGAUGUAAACGAAAUAGAGAAUAAGAAAAUUUUAAAUGAAGAAAAAUAUGAAAACGAAGAAAAUAAUAGUGAAAACUUAAUAGAUAUGGAAUCAAAUACAGUUAAUAAUGAGGGUAUACAUGAAAAUACAACUGACAAUGAAAGCAUAAUUAAAAAUAAAAAAGAUGAAAACGAUAAUGUAUUUGAGAGUGAGAGUUUAUAUGAGAAAAAGGAAAAUGAAGAUUUAGAUGAAAAUAAAAAUAUAAAUGAAAAAAAAGAGGAAGUUGAAAAAGAAAACAUAACUCAGAAAAAAGAUGAUAAAGUUAAAAGUGAAAGUACAAUUGAAAACAAAAAAGAUGAAGAUGUAGCUGAAAUUGAAAUUGUAAAAGAAAAAAAUGAAGAUAUAGUUGAAAAUGAAUAUCUAAUGGAAAAAGAAGAUGAAGAUAUAAUUGAAAAUGAAAGUAUAAAUGAAUAUAAAAAAAAUGAAAAUUCAGACAAGGAUGAAAAUAAAAUAAUUAAAAAUGUAAUUUAUGAUAUAAAUGAAAAUUAUAAUAGUAUAAACAAAACUAAAAAUGAUAAAAUUUUGAGUGAAGAUGAUAAAAAUAAAAAUUGUAUAUAUGAUGAAGAAAAGGAAUUUGGUAAAAAUGACUACGAAUUGGAAAAUGAGCAAAAUAAAAUUAAGAAAAAUUCUGAAAUACAAGAAGAUAUAGAAAUAGAAAAUUCGUUAGAACAUCCAUGUGAUAAAGAAGAAUUACAAGAAAAUUAUAUGUCAUCUAAUAAAGGAAAACAAAAAAAUGAGAAUUCAAAUCAAAAUAAUUUAGAAAAUAAAAGAGACAUACCAGCAAAAAGUCAUGCAAAAAAAAAGAAAUGGAAAAAGAAAUAA